AUGGCAGCAGUAUCCGGGCGUUUGAACAAAUUGGAGCAAAAAUCGUUGAAGUGCCAUAUGGAAAUUGUAGGUGUACCCGAGAUUGAUAACGAAAUUUGUAUGAAUACUAUAAAAAAAAUUGUAACUAAGUUGGGUUCUGAUGUUACAACCAAAAAGGUGUUCAGGCUACCUUCUAAAUUUACUGAUAAACCUAGAAAAUUAUCCGUAUGCUUUAAUUCGGUGAAUGAAAAAAAUAACUUUAUGGAAAUAGCGAAAAAACAGAAACUAUCAGUGAAAGAUGUGGACUCGACAUGGAUUGGCGCGGCAAUAUACUUUAACGAUCAAAUGACUUAUACGUUUAGAAAUUUAUUUUUCAAAACAAAAACGGCAGCGAAACAGGUUGGUUACAAAUAUAUUUGGUUUAAGAACAAUACAAUUUUUUGCAAAAAAGAUGACAAUUCAAAAUUAAUUAUUAUUGAUAAUGAAACCUCAAUUACUAAAAUUGUAUAA